UCCCGUCGAAAAAAUCGUUGCGUUAAAAUUAAGCAAUUUUCUCUUUUUUGUUAUGGCAACUUUAAAAAUGACUCAAUUCUGUCAUUUCAGUACGCAUAGACUAUAAGUUAAAAUUUGUUAUUGGUAAGUUUUACACUCAGUUUUUCAUUAGUUCUUAACCAAUCAUUCAAACGACUUUAAAUAAAAAUUAUUCUCGAUUUUUGCAGGUGCCUGGAUCAUAACGGGCGGUAACGAUGCGGGUAUCAUGAAAUUAAUUGGUGAUAUAAUUCAAUUAAAACCUGACAGUUCUUUUAAUUCAAAACCCGUUCGUCUCAUCGGAAUAGCGACAUGGGGAAGUGUCAGAGACUUUGAUCUAUUAGAUGUACAAGGGAAAAUCGUACGUUGCUCAAAACAACGUAAUGACAAAAAAGAUGAAGUAGGAUUGGAACCGAAUCAUACUCAUUUUGUGUUUGUUGACGAUAAAACGGUAAGAAAAUACGGUGGUGAAAUUAUGUUUCGAGUAAAAUUAGAACAAGCAAUAACAAGCGCGACCGCAAUGUAUCGAACUGAAUCAUACAUAGACCAAAUGACUUCGUCAACGCAACAACAACAAAAAUCAAACUAUGCGCCCGUUGUAUUACUUGUAGUUGAAGGUAAAUUAUCAUUUCUCUUCGUCUUCUAUCCUACAUACUGAAUACUAUCCAUCCCAAAACACAAUGGCAUUUUUUGAAUAACUUUUGAUAGGAAUGAGAUAGAGACCUGCGAUUUUCGCUGUUCAAUAGCCA